CGUAAACCCAUACCGUAUUCUAGUUAUCUUGAGCUAAGGUGAUCGUCUGAGACGGGGAUUAAGGAGCUAUUGCAGCCACGAAUAUAGAAUAUGCCGUGCACAAAGCCAGUAACGGCUGAGGCCUUGGGCUCCCAGAAAUUUUCAGCUCAAAAUAUUAGAUCAUGAUGCAAAUCUUGUCUUGCAGAUUUACUGUAUUGGUUCAUUCUAGAUUACUCAUAAUUCGUCUCUGCCGCAACAAGACCCAGCGUUGCUCCCCCGGGUCUGAAUUCCGUCCAGGAGCAUCAAUUGACAGAUCCAGGCUUCAAGAACGUUCUAAGGAAAUAUUUCACUGCCAAGUCAGUAACACCUUGUAGUAAUUGAAGAACGGACAGAGUCAAUAACGCCUUCCAGGAAUUAGACUAAGGAAUCGACAUACAAUGCAGGUCCAGAAAGACACAAAACAUUUGCCAGGAACUUCAUACUGGGAGACAUAUCUCGAAGAAUGCGUCUCUUGCCAUUUUCCUACACUAGGCGGUGUCGUUCCGGGCAAGAACUGGUCGGUGUCAGUGCCAUUAGAGAAUGAUAUUAACGCAAAGAUACGAGAUCUUUGUGACAACACAGGAAUCAGCGUGUUUACUGUGCUCCGAGUAGCGUGGGGCCUCGUUCUUCGCACCUAUACAGGACAGGAUUUAAUAUGCUUUGCUGAUUCUAUGACGGCGGCAUCCCCCAGCGAUACGAUUACGAAUGACCAGCCUACGUGCAUUAGUGUCUACAAAAUCGAUUUUGAUGACGCUGAAGCCAUGAUCUCAAGAGCACUCAAGACGACUGAUGCGACCCAUCUCGAACGGCUUGCCAUCACGCUACCGCCCGUGUCAGAAUCCAUCCGUGCAACUCUGGGUGUAUCUGAUAAAGAUGUAUUCAAUACAUUAAUGUUGUUUCGAGCUGAAAAGGGACUGAAAUCAGAGAGACCCAUCGCAAAUGGAGAAAUUCAUGAAGUCGACAACGAAAAACAGUACGAUGUCGACAUUGUUGUCCAGUGCGAGGUAGGUGAGAGUAGAGCAUGCAUAGUCCUAGAUUAUCAAACCUCGUUCAUCUCACCUCAACGAGCGACCAGUAUCGCCAUAGCAUUCGCCAAAGCCAUCGACCACAUAGUCACUCACUACGAUACUAAUGGUGAUCAUGGGGGACGUGACCAAUUAUAUUUAUUGAGUGAUCUAGAUAAAUCAGAGAUAUACAAAUGGAAUAGAAAUGAGCCGACUCGUUCCCAUCGCUGCAUUGACACCCUCAUCCAUGAGCAAUGUCUGUCUCAGCCAAAUGCCCCUGCGGUAUGCGCGUGGGACGGCGACUUCAGCUAUAAACAGCUGGACGAACUCUCAGAAUCCAUUUCCAGAUACCUGACAGCGCUUGGCAUUGGGCCGGAUGUGUUUGUACCCCUUUAUUUCGAAAAAUCCCGAUGGACCACUAUCGCCAUGCUUGGGGUGAUCAAAGCCGGCGGAGCGUUUGUCCUGCUCGAUCCCUCUCAUCCAAUCGAGCGACUACGGAGUAUCUGCAAGAGCUUGUCGGCGACAGUCAUUCUCUCUUCCGUACAAUCUGCACAAUCGGCUGCGGAGCUAGUAGCAACUGUCAUUGAGAUUGGAGACGCCAAGAUGGACGUCUUCAGUGCUGUCAACACAAGAGCGCACUCGGCGACGGCUCCAUCAAAUGCCCUCUAUGCCAUCUUCACUUCUGGUUCGACUGGUGUCCCCAAAGGGAUUGUUAGUGAGCACUCAUCGUUUCACGCCGCAGUCUCUCCGUACAUCAAAGCUGUCGGACUUGAUCAAAAAUCACGAGUGUUUCAGUUUUCAUCGUAUGCAUUCGAUGUGACUAUUUUCGAUACACUCAUGACAUUGAUCAGCGGCGGGUGCUUGUGCGUGCCGUCGGAUGACGAUCGCUGGAGCAAUGUUACAAGCUCAAUGCAAUACUUCCGGAAUUCUCACGCGAGUCUUACGCCAACAGUUGCACGGAUCUUGGAUCCUAAAGAUCUCCCUACCUUGAAGACAUUAGUCUUAGGAGGGGAGAGGUUGGUGAAUUCUGAUUUUCUGAAAUGGGUCGACCAUGUGAAGGUGGUCAAUCUAUAUGGCGCGUCAGAGUGUUCGAUCAUGUCUAUCCAAUCCACCAUUGGAAAUUCAUCUGACUUUCAGAUUAACGACCACUUGACUGGAAGCAAUUGUUGGAUAGUCAAUCCAAACGACCAUGAGAAAUUACUACCCAUCGGUGCAGUCGGAGAAUUGGUCGUAGAAGGAUCUAUCGUCGGACGUAAUUAUCUAGACAAUGCAGAAAAGACAGCAGCUACAUUUAUCCAGUCACCAAGUUGGUUACGUGAACUAAGAGGUUAUGCCUCAAGCCAUAAACUAUACAAAAGUGGUGACCUCGCCAGAUAUACUGCAACCGGGGCCAUUCAGUUUGUUGGACGUCACGACAGCCAGGUCAAGCUUCGUGGGCAGCGCGUCGAGCUCGGAGAGGUAGAGCACCAUAUUCUACGGAUAUUUACCCACGCACGGGAUGUCGUGGCAGAGAUGGUCACCACGCCUGAUCCAUCGAGGACCCUGUUGCUGGUUGCUUUUGUCCGCACUGGAGACAUAGCCGAGCCAAACAGCAGGGACCGCACUACGGAAAUCCCCCAGAUAAUAGCUGAGCCGUCCGAUUGGUUUCUCUCUCAAAUCCCCGUCGUGAAAUCGAGACUUCAGCAAUUGUUACCUUCUUACAUGGUCCCAGCAGUGUUUCUUCCCUUGAAUCUCUUGCCGCUCACGAGCUCAGAUAAAGUAAACCGAAAGCUUCUGCGGGAGCUCGUGGCGAAACUUUCAAGAGAACAGUUAGCGAGUUAUCGACCACAAAUGAGUGUGAAGCGUACGCCAGAGACAAGGGCAGAGAAGCAUAUGCAACAAUACUUUGCCCACGUGUUACAUCUUGAAGCAGAGCAGGUGGGCGCAGAUGAUCACUUCUUUGACCUAGGAGGUGAUUCGCUUGCGGCUAUGAAGCUAGUGGCAAUGGCGCGGAAGGAUAUGUAUAAACUUACCGUCCAGAACGUGUUCGCUCAACCUCAGCUGUCUGCUAUAGCAUCUAUAGCCCAAUAUGACAAUGGAGAGAAUGAUGGGGAGGAAACAAUACCGCAAGCGUUCUCGCUAAUUAACAAGCAGCGAGACAUAAUAAGAGCUGCGGCCCAGCAAUGCCACCUGCCGGUCAGGUCGAUUGAGGAUGUCUACCCUUGUACCCCGCUCCAACAGGGGCUACUGGCCGAGACGAUGAGAAAUCCUAGAUCAUUCGUGGCCGAUAUCCCCCUUUCCCUGCCUGGGAAUGUCGAUUAUAAGCGGUUACAGGGAGCCUGGAGCGCUGUAGCGAAGGCACACCCCAUUCUGCGUACAAGAAUGAUCUUGUCGAAUUCGCAUGGUCUAUUACAAGCCGUUAUUCGGGAAGAUAUACGAUGGAUGGUUUUGGACAUGAACGAAGAUCCUAAUUUUAUGGUUGGCGUUGGCAAGCCCCUAGUGCAAUUGACCCUUCGUCGUUGUCAGGAAGAAAAGCAAGCGACAUUUCAGCUUUCUCUCAUUAUCCACCACGCUAUCUACGAUGGAUUGACCCUGCCGCUUAUCUUUUCAGAGGUCGAGGCAGCAUAUAAUGGAAACACCCUCACUCAACAUCUCGUCAGUCCCUUCAUCCGCUAUCUACAGUCUGUUCCCCUUGGGGAAGGCUACUGGAGGUCUAGAAUGAAGGGCCUCCGAACUCUAGCCUUUCCUGCCCUGCCUUCCCAGACGUAUCGGCCAUUGCCCAACGCGAUUACUCAGGCUUAUAUUAUCACUGAGGGCCCAUUGGUAAGAAAAUUCACCCAUAACACUCAUGUGAGGCUCGCCUGGGCCCUCACGCAAGCCUGGCAUCAAGGGGUCAAUGAUGUCUUUUUUGGAACAGUAGUGUCGGGUAGAAAUGCUCCAGUCUCGGGCAUCGAGUCAAUGACGGUGCCCACCGUCGCUACUGUUCCGUGCCGGGUCACCAUUAACCUUGAAAAUUCGAUCCGAAAAAUGCUCCAAGAGGUUCAGGAUGACAUGGUCGCCGGUAUUCCAUUCGAGCAUAAUGGCCUGUCCGACAUACGCCGGCUGGGUAAGGACGCUGAAUUAGCAUCUUCGUUCCAAACGCUUCUUUCGAUGCAGCCGAUGGGAACCCGUAACGACUUCAUAUGGCAAGAACAAGAGGACUUUAAUAUGAAUCACCGAGCGGACGCAACUUACGGUAUCAACCUGUUCUGUAUUUCUAAGGGAAACGAGUUAAAUGUCACUGUAAUCUAUGACGGGAAUAUGGUGAAACAAGAAGAGAUGCAACAGAUGGUAUCGCAUUUCAGUCGGACUUUGAAGGUGUUACAUCAAAGUCCAGACAUACAAGUUCGAGAUAUCCUGUCAGAUAAGGGUCAUGAGAGUAGGUAUUGAUGAGAGAUUAUCGGAUAAGAAUGAUGUGAGCUUAUAGUGUUUGUUGUGUAUCGUUUGUAGUGCAAGUCUUGUCCUAGAACAAUAUACAAUUUUCACGAUAUAUUAAACUAUUUGACACAUUCUGUCAAUAUAGGAGCCGAUAACACUGCAAAGAGCUACAAUAAUGGGUUACUGUAGCGCAGAAGAACAAAGGAGAUGAUUGUAAGCCGAAGAGGCAAUCUAUCCGCAACUCUGGUUAGGAUUAUUAAGUACACUCCUUUUUUCCCCAGCUACCUACAUAAGCUACUACUAGCCAUGAAUGACCAUACAUACCUACAUUGACAUAUAUCCAGCAUAUAUACAUCUAUAUAUUAAAUGCACGUACCACUAUAGAUACAUUUAUCCAUACGCCGAUUCCACCGUGGGUAAAAUUUAAUUUGUUCGGAAUACC